AUGCCUUUCCAAAUCCUUAAAAACUACAUGAUCCCUCGCAAGCAAAAGUCCGCAAUCCCGAAUGGCACACCGACAGGAGAAGCUAUCGAUAUUCCUCGAGGACCGCUCAACAUCUGCAGAACUCUAAGAUGGACUCUUGAUCCGGGAAACGAGGGGGAAUUUCUGCUGACUCUUAAGAAACCACUCAGCACGGUCCUUGCAGCAAAGUAUGUGGAAUACUAUGUCGUCUAUUCAAGGCCCGGCUUGAAUGAGAUCAAGCUGCAUCGCAACUGUGCAAGAUGGUCUGUCAGGGGCCUGCAGUUCGCGGAGAUCUACAAGCAUGUGGCCGGGGUCUAUGAAGAAAUCAUCAUGGUGCGCCAAGCUUGUGUGGACGUGCCACAGAUUUGCUGGAGGAACGACAUAUGGAUGCCUACCCUGCCUUUCGUCAGGAAAUCGACGAAAUAG